AUGGUUGUUGAGUAUGCAGUCACUGUAUUCAAGACAAUAAAAAAAAUGAAAGAAUGGUUGUUGAGUAUGCAGUCACUGUCUCAAGGUCCACCUCUGUCAUCAUUCUCUCUGUUAGAACAAGAAGUGUUUCAGGCCCCACCACCUACUGAAAACAAAGGGGUAGCACAAAUAUCUACUGUAGCAACCAACCCCUCACAGCAGCCACAAUUACAGUCACUGUCUCAAGGUCCACCUCUGUCUCAGGCAUCAACACAGCCUUCCCGGCCAACAGUUACUCCGACUGCAUCGAGUCAAGCAAAGGGCAAAGGGCAAAGAAAAGGUCCACCUCUGUCUCAGGCUGCACAGCCUUCCCAGCCAACACAGUCACUGUCUCAAGGUCCACCUCUGUCGUCAUUCUCUCUGUUAGAACGAGAAGUGUUUCAGGCCUCUCAAGGUCCACCUCUGUCUCAGGCAUCAACACAACCUUCCCAGCCAACAGUUACUCCGACUGCAUCAAGUUAA